AUGCCCCCUGGGGCCCACCCAGGGGUGUCGGCGUCAAUAGGACCCCACCCAGGGGCGGCGGCGGACCCAGCGGCCCUCCCAGUUGCGAUGGUGCUCUCAGGGGCCCUCUCAGGGGUGACGGCGAUCCCAGGGGCUCUCCUAGGGGCCUUUUCAGGUGCGGCUGAGACCCCAAAGGCUCUCACAGGGGCAGCGGCGGUCUCAAGGGCCCUCCCAUUAGCAGGUGUGUCGGCGUUCAAAGGAGCCCACCCAGGCGUGACGGCGGACCGAGCGACCCUCCAAGUGCCGGCGGUGCUCUCAGGGACCCUCUCAGGGGUGACGGCGAUCCCAGGGGCUCUCCUAGGGGCCCUCUCAGGUGCGGGCCCUCCCAGGGGUGUCGGUAACCUGAGGGACCCUCCCAGGUGUGUCGGCGUCCAAAGGAGCCCACCCAGGCGUGACGGCGGACCGAGCGACCCUCCAAGUGCCGGCGGUGCUCUCAGGGACCCUCUCAGGGGUGACGGCGAUCCCAGGGGCUCUCCUAGGGGCCCUCUCAGUGCAAAACCAACUGCUCCCAGUGACUCUAUAGGGACAAUGCCCCCUGGGGCCCACCCAGGGGUGUCGGCGUCAAUAGGACCCCACCCAGGGGCGGCGGCGGACCCAGCGGCCCUCCCAGUUGCGAUGGUGCUCUCAGGGGCCCUCUCAGGGGUGACGGCGAUCCCAGGGGCUCUCCUAGGGGCCUUUUCAGGUGCGGCUGAGACCCCAAAGGCUCUCACAGGGGCAGCGGCGGUCUCAAGGGCCCUCCCAUUAGCAGUUGUGUCGGCGUCCAAAGGAGCCCACCCAGGGGUGACGGCGGACAGAGCGACCCUCCAAGGGCCGGCGGUGCUCUCAGGGGCCCUCUCAGGGGUGACGGCGAUCCCCGGGGCUCUCCUAGGGGCCCUCUCAGGUGCGCUAGAGACCCCAUGGGCCCUCGCAGGGACAGAGGCGGUCUCAAGGGCCGUCCCAGGGGCGGGGGAGGCGCCCCUCCAGGAGCCCUAUAGCUUGCUUGGUCAUGGUAAGCUACAUCCAAAGGACACCCAGGUGACGAGGACAGCACUCUCCAAGGGGCUGGCGGUGCCUCUAGGCCCCUUAGUGACAAGAUCCCAGGGCUCUCCUAGCCUCCUCAGUGCAAAACCAACUGCUCCCAGGGACUCUAUAGGGACAAUGCCCCCUGGGGCCCACCCAGGGGUGUCGGCGUCAGGAGGAGCCCACCCAGAGGCGGCAGUGGACCCAGCGGCCCUCCCAAGGGCGAUGGUGCUCUCAGGGGCCCCCUCAGGGGUGACGGCGAUCCCAGGGGCUCUCUUAGGAGCCUUUUCAGGUGCGGCUGAGACCCCAGGGGCUCUCGCAGGGACGGCGGUGGGGCUCUACAAGGAAAGAGAUCCCUGGGGCCCUCCCAGGGGUGUCGGUUCCCCUAGGAGCCCUCCGAGGGCCCUUCCCAAGGGAGGUGGCGCCCCAAAGGGCGUUCAAGGAACGGCGGCGGACCCAGGGUCCCUCCCAGGGGCAGCGGCGACCCCACGGGCCUUCCUAGGGGCAACGGUUACCCCUGGGGUCCUCCCAGGGGCGUCGGCGACCCCAGGGGCCAUUUCUGGGGCUUUGGCGUCCCAAUGGGCCAUCCCAGGGGCACCAACACCCCCAGGAGCUCUCCCAGGGACCGCGGCGCUUCAAGGGCCCUCCAAGG